UGGAGGGAGUACUAUAUAAGACGGCCCGGUAGUCACUAUAGAUUCAUAGCUAGCACGAUGGAGAAUGAUGCAUCCUACUUUAUGCUAGUGCUAGCUCUGUUUCCUCUUGUGUACAUUAUUCGGUUCUACUACCUAGCUUCCUCUCGUUGUCACAACCGUGGCCUGCAGCUCCCUCCAGGGCCAUGGCAGCUACCUGUCUUCGGCAGUCUCCACCAUCUUUUUGGCGCACUCCCACACCGUGCAUUACGAGACCUAUCAAGGCGACACGGCCCUCUCAUGCUCCUCAUGUUCGGCGCGAACCGUCCGGUCAUCGUCGUUUCCACCGCCGAGGCUGCCAAGGAGAUGAUGAAGACGCACGACACCACCUUCUGCGCGAGGCCACUGACCUCAGCUCUCAAGGCCAUUAGCAAGCAUGGCCUGGGCAUCGUCUUUGCCCCGUACGGUGACCACUGGCGGCAGAUGCGCAAGAUCUGUUUCCUCGAGCUGCUGAGUGCCAAGCGCAUCGCCUCGUUCGGCUCCAUCAGGGGAGAGGAGACGGAUAGAUUCAUCCGGUCCAUCUCAGCUACGCUAGAGCCGGUCGUGAAUCUGAGCGAGAUGCUGGCGGCGUACCUGACAGACACGACGGUGCACAUGAUCAUGGGUGGACAGUUCACGGAGCAGGACACCUUGCUCCGACACGUUGAUGAGGCGGUAGGGAUUGUAAGAGGUGUCGCCCUGCCCGACCUGUUCCCGUCGUCGAGGCUGGCGUGCGCUCUGAGCACCACACUGCGCAGAGCCGAGGUGUUCCGAGAGGCCUUUCCUUCUCCCUGCACCCUCAAGAGCACAUCGAUGAUAUCUUCCUGGUCUACUUGUUCAGAGGAAGAAGCGCUCCUCCUGCUAAAAAGGUCCAUCAACGCUAAAAAGGCCUCUCGGAACAACAUCAAAGCCAGUGUGGUGCAAGAUGAGGUCAGGGGAGCCUUCAUGGGACAAAACAAGGUUACUGAAGAGGGUCUAGGUGAGCUGAGCUACUUGCAAUGCAUCAUCAAGGAGACCUUGCGGCUGCACCCUCCUGGGCCAUUAGUGCCAAGGGAGUGCAGAGAGGACUGCAGAAUACUCGGCUACGACGUGCCCAAAGGCACCACCAUUCUCGUCAAUGUUUGGGCCAUCUCUAGAGACCCAGAAUGCUGGGAUGAGCCCGAAGAAUUCGUGCCUGAGAGGUUUGUGGCAAGUGCCAGAGAUUUCAAAGGCAACAGCUUUGAGUUCAUACCAUUCGGCGCUGGUCGUCGGAUUUGCCCCGGGAUGCUAUUUGGGCUCGCUACUAUUGAGCUAGCUCUUGCAAGCCUUCUAUUUCAUUUUGAUUGGAGUCUCCCGGAUGGCACUCUUCCUAGUGAACUGGACAUGACAGAAACCAUGGGAGUGGCGGCUAGGAAGAAGGUGCCUCUGUGGUUGCGUCCAACUCCCCAUGUAUAUUUGCCUUGCUGAAUCAUGCAUUCAUGGUUCUGCAUCUGUUCUCUUUGGUUCUACUGUACUAUGUUUUAACUAGCAGCACAGUACGUAGCCCGUGCAAUCCUAUUCCUGGGCAUGUUCUGGUCAUUCUGUUAUCAAGUUGUGUUUUGAAAUAAAAAAAUUGGUUGUUGAGAUA